GAAAAGCGGCCUUUUUAAUAGAGGGGUGUAUUUGGACCACGAGACCUGUCUGUCGUCUUGUAUUUGUUGCUAUUUUUUUUUUAAAUAAUCGGAUGACAUGCAAAAAGUUUUCUUAAUUGGACUUAUCCAGUUCAAACCCUUCCAUAUAUCUUCCUGGAACAGUUUUGGCAUCAGCAUGGUUGAAAAUUCACCAGCCCCAUUGCCUGAAAGAGCGAUAUAUGGUUUUGUUCUUUACUUGGGCUCUCAAUUUGCUUUUAUUCUGUAUAUUGUGUGGGCCUACAUACCUGAAUCCUGGCUGUUCUCGUUGGGCUUAACAUACUGGCCUCAAAAAUUCUGGGCUACUGCAUUGCCUGUAUAUCUUUUAGUUGCUGUGGGAAUAGGCUAUGUACUCCUCUUUGGUAUUAACAUGAUCAGUACAGCUCCACUGAAUUCUACAGAUACUAUAACAGAUCACUAUGCAAAAAAUCAAAAGCAGAAAAUAACACAAGAAGAAGCAAUUCCUGCAUUAAGAGAUAUUCCUAUUCAUGAAGUAAAUAAAAUGUUUUUUCUUAAUAGCAAAGAGGAUUAAUACAGAGGCUCGUGUCAGAAAGUAUUUAAAAUUUGCUCUUAUGAAACACAAUAUAGAAAUAUUGACAAUAGGGUGCCAAAACACUUGACUUCAGACAGUUUACAUAAAUUAGCCCUAAAAUAAGACUGUAAUAGUUAAACAGCAUUUUAAGGAUUAGGUAGAUUCUCUUGGGGCAUUAUAUUUCCACAACUUUGAUUCAUUCAUCCUUAGUCCAAGUUGCUUUUUUUCUUAUACAUUUUUUCAUUUGUUCAGAUACAGUUUUUCAUUUGUUCUCUCCUGUGUCUGAUACUGUGUUCUAAAUUAUUUGAGGAAAGUAGUUUCCUUUGUGAAGUUCUAUUAAAAAAUCCUGCUAUGUAUUCCUCUCUAUGUCAAUAUAGUAUAUUUACAUGACAGUGAAUUUAGCCACUUCUCAGUAGUGUUCUAUUUGUAGACUAGUGAGGUAUGUUCCAAGAGCUAAUACAUAAAACUACCAAAUGUGAUGGGUAUGUUUCUUUUAACAAGGUGCACCAUCUAAAAUUAAUAUCAUGUUUAUUAUAAAGCAGCUUAGAUGUGCAUAAUGGAAGAGUUAGUCAUUUAGAUGUGAUUUUGCUUCCAGGUGCAUAGAAAAAUUGGCAGCUAAAGUAAACAGAGUUCAGAUUUUUAAGGUUAUAGAUACUGAAUGUAUUCCAAUGUGAAAGUAAUUCUGUAAAUAAUUACAAUUGAAAUGCAGACUUCAGUCCUGAAUGUAAUUGUUUCAUAACAAGUCAUAAUAUUUAUAUGCAUGCUAGUUAACAAUUAAAGACAUUUUCA